AGCCGGGCCUGGGCGUCCGCGGCCCGGCGGGCCGGGAGGGGCCUUGGCGCGCUGGGCCGGGGGCUCCGGUUCGGCCCGGGCCGGGGCCGGGGGGUCCAGGCACCGCGGGCCGACGUCAGGCGGGUUCUCGUGGGGCGGGCGUGGGGUCAGAGCAGAAGCGGAGGCCCCUUGCAGCGCUCCUUUUGCUUGAGGCGGGCGUGAGGAGCUGGGUUCGGGGUUCGCCCUUUCUUUCCGCCGCACUCGGUGCUGUGACGGAUGCUUUCAUUUCUUGGUAAAUUGUGCAGUCAUUGGGAGCUGAGAGUCCAGGUGAAGCAGAGUUUUAGAGAGCCACGUUCAUUAGGGCAUACCUGCCGAAACCGCACAGUUCGGGUGGGAUUUGAACCCAGCCAGAACUCAGCUUGGGACUUGAACCCACUGUUUUUUUUUUUUUUUUUUUUUUAAUUGGGGCAUCUUUGCUUUACCCUGUUGUGCCUGUUACUGCUGUACAACCAAGUGAAUCAGCUGUGUUUAUACAUAUAUCCCCAUAGCCCCUCCCUCUUGAGUCUCCCUCCCACCCUCCCUACCCCACCCCUUUAAGGAACCUGCUGUCUUUCAAUUGAAAUCGCACACGUGAUCUCAGGACUUAAUGAAGCUCAGGUUCUUAAUGCCUCCCUGCAGAGGGAAUUCAGGGAGAGGCGAAGUAAGAAGUAGAUUUCUUGAGAGAUGCACACUGCAUAGGCAGAGUGUGGGCCGUCUCAGAAAGCGAGAGGCCCUAGAGAUACACGUUCAGGUUUCAGAUGCACGGAGCAGUGUGUGGCCGCUUGCAGUAAGAGGCCGCCGCGAGCGGUAGCUGGAAGCAAGACUUUAGCUCCUGGACCGGGAGUUCUAACUGCUAGAUCCCAGAGGCCAGCGGCCAGGGUCUAAACCCCCAGUUCUUGCCUGCCUUGUCAAGAAAGCAUUCUGGUAAGGAGGCAGAAGGUAAAGAGGAAAGUAAACGGUUUAUUGGAAAAGCAAAGUACACGUGGAAAGAUGCACGGGCGAACUCAGAAAGUGAACUGAGCCUUUGGGAGGUUUAAAUUCUUUAUAAGGGCGCAGUUCUCCGGGUUUUUGUCUCCCUUCUGUCCAGUCAUCUCCCUUUGUCCCUAAUUUGCCCAAGGACCCUCCCCGUAGGUGUGCACAUGCAUCUCUCAGCCAAGAUGGAUGCCAGCUGGGAGAAGCAGGAGUCCCCGUGGCCUGGAGUUGUCCCCUGACUUUUGACCCUCAAGGAACCUUUCUGCUCCUGUGUAGUGUCUCCCUUGCCCCAAGGAUGGAGGAGUGGAGAUCCCUAGAUCCUUUACUCAGACAGGGUUUUGCCCCUCUUCUUGCCAUGACUCUUAUCUCAAGGCAUCCACGUGAGACAAAGCUGGGCUCUUCACCCUGUCUCUGUCAUUGCUUCCAUCUCGGAGGGCAAACAGGAGGCUGAUUUUAAAUGUCUAGCCUGAAGCCCACCUACCUCCUGUCUCAGGAAAUGCAAACAGGAGGCCAGCUGGAAGUGUUCAGCCUGAAGCCCAUUAUUCCUGCCUCAUGAGAUGUAAACAGAAUGCGCGUUGUAAGUGCCUAGGCUGGAGCCCAUCUAUCUCCUGCCCUGAUUCCACAGACAUAAUGCGGUCCCUCUCAAAAGGCAAGAGCAACAGUGAAAUGUGGGGGGUGGUUAGUUUUUAUGGGCUGGGUAAUUUCAUAGGCUAAUGAGUGGGAGGAUUACUCCACCUAUUUUGGAGAAGGGGUGGGGAUUUCAGGAUUUGGCCACCACCCACUUUUUGGCCUUUUGGUUACUCUGGAAACUGUCAUGGUGCCUGUGGGUGUGUCAUGUAGCACAUGCGGCUGUAUUACAGUGAGCAUAUAAAGAGGCUCAAAAUCUACUGGAAGUCAGAUCUUCUGCCAGGUUUAUGUCAUGUCCAUAACAGCUAUGUCAUUCUUUAAGGGUUGUGCCCUGCCCUCUUCCCUCCUGUUAAAAACAGCAGUUUUGCAGUCCUACCCUUUGAUGGAGAGUGUUCUUAAGAUACGUGGGUGGACUACAGAGCGUAGAGACUUCUGACACGGACUACGAAACUGUGUGUGUAUGCCCCUAAGUGCAUUUUUCUGGGGAGAGAGUUCAUAGCUCCAGGAUAUUCUCAGACAGGCCCACGACCCCAAAAAGGUUAAGAACUACUGCUGUGGGUUACCACCUGCUGACCAUUUUUUUCUCUAAUCCCAGGGACAUUGCACUAGAGAUUUCUUAAUUUUUUUUACAUUGCCAUAGACUUCCUAAGUUUACUUUAGAUACGUUUAGAAAAUCAAAGACUUAAACUUAUUUGUCCCAAAGUAAGGUAACUGUUUCAUGGCUGGCCAUUCAUUGUUCAAAAGUCAACUACCCAGUGAUUUUCCAACCAUCUUGAGAUUACCUGCCUCUAGGGAAUCAAGGGAGGAGGAAGGGGAGUAAAGGAAAUGAUAUUGUAUUUACUUUGCAAAUAUGUAGUGAAUGCCUCCUAGGUUCUGGUCUAGGAGGACCAGAUAUAGAGAGGCGUUGGGAUCCUGCCUCUAAGAUGUUUCCAAGUGGAAUGCAGUGGAAAGAACAUGGGCUGCAGAAUCAGACCUGGGUUCAGAUUUUGACCCCUUUGCUUGUUAUGUAAGGAGGAGUGGUUUAACCCUCUGAUCCUCUCUCUAUCUGUAUCUUUCCAAAAAAAAAAAAAAAAAUUGGAGGGUGUGUAGGGGAGGGAUAAAAAUACCUCUCUUAGGGUUGCUGUGAGGAAUAGGUUUUAGGAGUGUGAAAUGCCAGCAUAUCAGGAGCUGAAUAAAGAAAGGGUCGUUGUUCUAACAGCGGAAGAGCCAGAAAGUGGAGGAAGAGUUUGAAAUAGGAUGUGAGGAGGGUGAGGUGCUGAACUUGAGCCCCAGAAGGAAUUAACCCGCCUCAGCCUUCCAAGGGGAAGGCUGCUAGGAGAACCUGUUGGUGGUAUUAAAGCAUCAACCUGCAGCUUUAAAAUCCUAUCCCUAGGGCAGGUGUGAUGGGAGAAAUCAGGUCUCAAGGGAGACUUUUUCUUUUUCUCCAAAGCAAAUCAAUUCUAAAUACUGCUGCAGGUCCUUUUUGAAGGGUCAAACCACUGUGCUUCCAGCAAUUUUUUUUUUCUAAAGAGGACUGUAGAGUUUUUAAAAAAAUAAAUUUAUUUACUGGCUGCAUUGGGUCUUUGCUAUGCAUGGGCUUUCUCUAGUUGCAGCCAGUGGGGGCUACUCUGCGUUGUGGUGUGCGGGCUUCUCAUAGCAGUGGUUUCUUUUGUUGUGGAGCACGGGCUCUAGGUGCAUGGGCUUCAGUAGUUGUGGUACGUGGGCUCAGUAGUUGUGGCUCGCAGGCUCUAGAGCGCAGGCUCAGUAGUUGUGGCGCAUGGGCUUGGUUGCACCUCGGCAUGUGGGAUCUUCCCGGGCCAGGGAUCAAACCCAUGUGCGGAUUCUUAACCACUGUGCCACCAGGGAAGUCCAGGACGGUAGACUUUUGAACCCAUUUCAGCUUCGUAAAACUCUUAGUUGGUUGAAUAAUAACGCACUUAGUAUGGUGCCUGAUACCUGAUAUACGCUAAAUAAUACUUAUUGUUAAUAGUAAUUGUUUUACUGUUAACACGUAAGAGGGGUCAGGUUAGUAAAGCAGUAACCUAUACCUGACUUUCUCAUCCCACACUACUUUUACUCACCUGUUUUUACUUUCAACACUGAAAACUUUGAUUUUUUCUUCUUUGUUUGUUUGUGUCUUGUAGUUUACUGCGCAUUUAUACUCUCAGACAGGACAUCUUUGCGAAAAGUUGAAGUUAGAGGCAUUUGGGUUCAUUGUACUUUCCUGUAAUUUUAACAGGCUCAUAGAUUCUCAGACGUGAGGGGCCUCAGGAGUUGUGUAGGCCUUCCGCCCCCGUCACGGACCAGAAACGUCCGUGCCAUCAAUUGACUGGAGUGUUUAUAGACCGCUGCUGGAACAGGUUAUCUUUAAGGCCCUCUGAGGCUACCUGGCUCUUGUAUCGAUAGCUUUAAUCGUUGGAAAACCCUUUCUCACACUGAGUGGAAAUGUGCCCCGUGUAACUUCUGCCCUUGGAUCCUGGUGCUGCCCUCUGAAGAAAUGUUGGCUGAAUCUAUUCCCACGUGGCACCCCUUCAGAUACUUGAAGGUGCUGUGGCCCUGGUUAAGCCCUCUUUCUGUUUUCCAAAUCCCUUUCUUGCUUCCCAUGGACCAGAGUCCUGAACUAUUCUAGCCACCGUCCCCCGUGGAACCGCUUUGGUUGGCAGGUCCUGUGUAGAGUGUGGUACUCAGAAUGGGUCGCUAGUUACAGACCAGGACGGACAAUAGUGGGGCUCUUUACUGCCUGCCUCUAAUCUGGAUCUUAUGCUGUUGUUUGUUUCUAUGGAUAUGGCCCCAAAUUCCCUCAGUCUUUUGGUAUAUAUUUUAAUACAUUGUGUUUGAUCAUCUAACUGAAAAGCGUAUUUGAUAUUAUCGAAGAUGUAUGGUAGUACCCACAUGGGUAUUUCCAUCAGUGUUUCAUUUCAUUAAAGACUUGCUUUUAUGUUAAUUAAAGCUCAUCUUUUCAUAUUCAUUUUUAUCAAUUUUAAGAUACUGUUGCUUCACGAAGAUUUGUGAGGGUUUUUUUUUUUGAUAAUAUCUUAUACUGCUAUUUGGAUAAUUUAAUUGGUGCUUUUUUUUCCAAUUACCAUAUGUAAUUGAAUCAAUAUCUUUCUAGAUCCAUAUGUCAAACUUCUACUUGAUGCCAUGAAGCAUUCGGGUUGAUGAGAGAGCUGAGUGCCAAGGUGUCCUAUGUGGCAGUGGUGGAGAGAUGCGUGAUCCGGGGCUCCUGGCCCAGGGCUGUUUCCCCUGUGCCCCGUGCACACUGCUUCUGGACGUUGUCUCUUUAAUGCAUUCUUGCCUUCUAGUGCUGUUAACAAAGAAAGACACUUUUCUUGUGAAGACUGUAAUGGAAAUGUCAGUGGAGGUUUUGACGCUUCGGUGUCUCAGAGAAGCCUUUCCCAACCCUGCAGACCAGGUCAGGCGCUCUCACUGUGUGUACUCCGGACAACCUGGGUUUUUCUUCAUAACAACUGUCCUUGCAUGUGUUUAAACAUUUUGAUUGUUUUGUGCCAGAACAACAUCCGUGGUCAGGCCCACAUGAGCAGAGUGGUCACCCACGAGCUCAUCCACGCGUUCGAUCACUGCCGAGCUCAUGUCGACUGGUUCACCAACGUCAGGCACUUGGCCUGCUCUGAGGUUCGAGCUGCUAACCUUAGUGGAGACUGCUCACUCUUAAAUGAAAUAUUCAGGUUACAUUUUGGAUUAAAACAACACCAUCAGACUUGUGUGCGAGACAGAGCCAUUCGUUCUAUCCUGGCUGUUAGGAACAUCAGCAAAGAAGUAGCUCAGAAGGCUGUUGAUGAAGUUUUUGAAUCUUGUUUCAAUGACCAUGAGCCUUUUGGAAGGAUCCCUCAUAAUAAGACCUAUGCAAAAUAUGCUCAUAGAGACUUUCAAAACCGGGAUCGGUACUACUCAAAUAUAUGAAGACGAUGACACAUUGCAGAGCUUCAGUGAUCAUGAGGAAAGUAUAGUUCCCAAGCGGACAGACAUAAAGCGUAGAUGAUCAAUUAAAUACAGAGAAGACACAGAAAAUGCUGAUUCUAGCAUCUGAAAAGGUACCUGUGGUAAGAGAUGAAACUGCCUUAAACUCUGAGGCAAAGAUUGUAUCUUUGUAGCUAACCACUUGGUAAAUAAGGCAAAUAAAUGGCAUUUUUAAAUUUUUUACAAU